AUGAUUUUGAUUUUUAAGAUUGUCUGUGUUGUUCAGGAGUUGACCGGGCGGCUGUCAGAUGAUUACCCUCUACUGCCUGGAGAGAAACGUCCAAAGAUUCGCAGACGCAUCGGAGCUACUUUUAAAUUGGAUGCUCAAAGCAUCCCUCGGGGAUCAGAGAAGUCUGAGCUGAUUUUAGUGGAUGCUGAGUUGGCACUUCAGAUGAAAAUAUACGAGGCGGCGCGAAAGCUGUUCGAUGAGGAUCACUACAGUAAGGCUGUUAAAAAGAGCCGUUCACAGCAGUGCAAGAGAGAGGAGAAGAAACUUAAACAGCUCCAAGACACGUCCUUCCAGCUGCGGCUGAAGCACGGCCGAUCAUCGCCACUCCCUGCUUUCAAUAUUACACAACAAGAUUUGGGUGCAUCCGAUGACAGCUCCCUGUCUGUGGUGCAAGAUGAAGAAGUGACAAGCCAGUCAUCACAGCCGUCUUCAGGAUUCCCCUAUCCAGCAGAGACGGAUCCUCCCCAGCCUCCCACCGUGCCCUCACAGUUCUGUGUGGACGGCCCCUGCGCGUCUCCAUCUUUUGAUCAACAAUCCCAGCUGCUGCUGACACCAAAUCAGUCUCCCCACCCGGGCUUCGACUCCUCGCUGAGUUUCAACUCGAGCCCAGUGUACGACGCUCCUCCCAUCCAACACUCCCCGUGGACAGAGUCCAGCCUGGACCAGCCCUUCCAGAAGAGCAGGAGGUCUCGCUCUUCAACCAAGACCAGUCCAGCUAAGUCUGAGCUGCUGCCACCGUUGGAGGCUUGUUUAGCACAUUCAGCUCUGCCGCUUCAACUCUCCCAUCUGAAGCUGAGUCGCGCCCAGUCCAGCAGUGUGCCUUCCACACCAGAGAUGUGUGUGCACAGACAACUCUCUCUCAGGUUGUCCAAUGAACCUUCAUUUGAAAAUGUCCGUGGUCGCACCAGAGGACCAAGAAGGCGACUGACGGAUUAUGCAGUAACUUUUCCAGAGACUCCUCUCUCCGCAGUGGCCUACGGAAGCCAUGCUAGCUCUGAGGAUAGCAACUCCGAACACUCGUUUACAUCUUACAAUAGCUCCCCCGCAUCAGGAAGCGUUUCACAACAUUUGUCUUGAUUUCUCAGAGAAUUAUUCAUGGACCUCAAUGAAAGACGUUAUUUAUGAGUGUGUGCGGAGCGGGGGGGCGUGAUCUCCCCUGACGACGCCUCUAUUCACGAGAGCAGCUGCAAAGUUUGGCUUCAAAUUUUAAAGUUUUUUUUUCUGUAACAAUUGAAAGAAGUGAUCA